GCUUCGUUUGUUUGUGUUGUUCAGUGUUGUUGUUGGACUUCUCACUUUUUCUUUUGUUUUUGUUUGCUGACGAACUUAUCUUUUAAGUUAGGCUUGCUUUGUUUUCUGUAAAUUGCUAUUAAAGGUUGUACAUGUAGAUUUGAACAGUAAGUAAGCAGAUAUGGCUUUCCCGCGAAAAUAUUUGUUAAAAGAUCUACUUCAUCAACCAACACCCAUCGAAGUGUGGCUCCAAGGAACUAUAGAACAGACCGUUGGGAAGGAUAUCUUGAUUAUCUCGGACUGUUCCGGCAUCAGGGCGAAAAUAACUAAGUGCGAAACGGCCGAUGGAGUUAUCGACAAAAAUUCACUGCAGAAAGGCACAUAUUGCUGUAUCAUAGGAACAGCUAUCAAAACUAAGGGUUUGCCUGAAAUUCAAGCAAACAAGUUCAUAGAUUUAAGCAUGAAGCCUCAAAUGAAAAAUUCUUGGGAAAAUGAAGUUAAAGAAGCAAAUUUAGUUCUACAAGGAAAAGUUGUACCUGCUGUUUAAAAUAAGUCACUGGUUUUCUUGAGUAAUUGUGAAGUUACUUACUUAUUAUAAUGUUGUUAAAAAUUAAACUUGUCAUCUUCCUUUGUAUUGUAAUUAAUCUACAACAGAAUUAAUCCAGAAAAGAGAUUCCAUUAGUUAAACAUAUUGAAAAUGAAACAUAGGUUUCUUAAAGAAAACAACAUUUGUAAAUUUUUAAUUUUAUUGAGAAAUAUUUCUGGAUUUGAUAUUGUAUUGCUUUGUGAAUAUGAAUCGAAAUAAACCUCAUACAUCUGACCUAGCCUAGAUGCACUGGAAAUAACAAUACA